AUGGAAAACGAAGAUCAACAACAACAAGAGCAAGAUCAACAAGAGCAACAACAACAACAAGAUGAUGUUGAUUUGUCAACUCUCUCGACUGCCGACAAGAUCGAAUAUAUUACCGGUUUGAUUGCCGACUCUUACAAUAUAAACAUUGCACCAAAGCUCGAGCAAUUCGUCGACAUUCAAAUCGCAGAGACCAUCUAUCACUUCCAAGCCAACCUCACCCUCCUCAAGCUCUACCAAUUCAAUCCUUCUGCCCUCAACAAGGACUACAUUGCUAAAAUGUUGGCCAAGGCUAUCAUGAACUUCCCAACAAACGACUUUUUGUUCUUAUCAUACAUGAUUCCAUCUUCAAUGCAAAAGGAAGAACCAUUAUUGAAGCUUUUUGUAUUAAAUGGAUUAAUUGAAACAUGUAAAUUUAAGGAGGUUUGGGAACACGUUGAAAAGAAUGAAGCUUUCUUCUCUGCCAUUCCAAAUUUCAUUAGCACUCUUCAUAGAAAUAUAGGAUCAAACAAAGAGGAGGAAGAGUAUACAUAUGUACUCUUACACACAGACUCAGAGACAAUCAUGAUAAAGAUAGAUUAUGCUUACAAUCUAUUUCCUUUUUUAAAAUAUAAUAAUAUAGUCGUCUCAAGUGUAUUGGCCAUCACUUAUUCAAAUGUUACAUUACCAAUGUUGGGUGAACUUGUAAACCUUCAAUCACCAAAGUUGGAGGAGUAUCUCUCUGCCAAACCAAACUGGAAGAUCAAUGGAAAUGUUGUUUCUCUACAAAGUGAAUCUCAUAAGCAAAAGAAAUCUGAUACCUUUACUUUUGAUCCAGUUACUGGUUAA